AUGAUUCUUGCCCGACAUUCACAAGCAUCCCAGCCACAGCCACUCCAUGGCCGAGCCAAGGACCCCCCCCCCCCCCCACCUCCCCCCUCCGCUCUUCCAAAGCCCAAUCUCACAUCGCGUUUCCUUGGUCUUCUUCUGCUAAUAUUUGUUCCCGUUCUGUUGGCUGCCAUCUUCUUCCAGCCCCCGGACUUCGACCCGGCGCCGCUCCCCAGCGACCACUCUUUCGCCGAUUCCAUAGCCGUGCAGGAGCGGCAUAACCGCGUGCUCGAGGCCAGCGAGCGCAUCGGUGAGGGGCUCUUGCCCGGGCCGGAGGACUUGGCUUACGACGCAGAGAAAGGAUAUCUUUACACUGGUUGCUCUGAUGGCUGGAUAAGGAGAGUUGGACUCGAGGACGGGGAGCCUAAGGUGGAGGACUGGGCUUAUGUUGGUGGCCGGCCGCUGGGUCUUGCCCUUGGCCCCAGCGGCAGUCUCGUCGUCGCCGAAUCCUACAAGAAGAAGAUGCAAAAGAUAUCAUAUUCAAGGGGACAAAAAGGGAAUGACUGAGAAUUUUAUAGAGAAUUUGCCAGGCUAUCCUGAUAACAUUCGGUACGGUGGUGAAGGCCAUUAUUGGAUUACACUAUCAUCGGGAAGAACUAUUUCAUGGGAUAUAUUAUUCAAGUUUCCCUUUGCAAGAAAAAUGGCCAGGAUCUUAGAAAAGUUCGUAAAACCUUCAUACUUGUUGCAAGAUUCUGGAAUUCUUAGUGUGACUCUCCAAAGGCAACCACUCACCAUUUAUUCAGGUCGGCGUUUGAUUUUUGUGACUUGUGGGCUUAAUGUUGGAAAGAAUCUUUAUUAUGGUUCACUCUACGCUUCCUAUAUUAGUAAGAUUGAUUUUACUCAAUAUGGAUCAGAUGCUAUGUAAACAUGGGACCACAAUAUCAAUUGAGCUUUAUGCUCAUGGGUGGAAAGGGAUUUUGAAUUUAUGUAUUGGUCCUCAUGGUUUGAAUCCUAAGAAACUUUGCUUAUCCUUUUAA